GGAGUGGACAGUGGAAGCAGGGAGAAGGAUGCAGUAAUGUAGAUGUCCUCACUGAAAAAUGGAGGUCCAACUGGGAUUGAGAACGUGGCAGGUGAUCAUUUUGUGGCUUUGGUUUGAGCAAGCACUGCAGGAUGUGGCUACAGGCACAAAUCCAAACAGCCCGUCAGUUUUUGAUGCAAACCUGAUGUUUGAGUUUUUGUUGGGUGGAGUGGAACUCAACCAGGACAACAACAUUGUCCUCCUGGAUGAGGAGAUGGCAUCAAUGAGGACGGGGCGAUCCUUCCUGACUCACAUCAAUGACAACAUUCCCAGGAGUCUGAGCUCCAUGGAGCAGAUGGUGACCACGCUGAAGACUCAGCCGAGGCGCCCGCUGACUCAGGAUCAGUUUCAGGGCCUGGUCCUGAGCAUGGUGCUGUCGGCCCACCGGACCCGGAACCAGCAGAGGGGUGAGGAUGACAACGAGGGAGUCAAGUGGUGGAAGUGA